AUGUCUGCUACUGAAGCCGAUAAUAAAACAAUCACACCAAAUAAUACUACAACUUUAGAUGAUCCAGAAGCUGAAGCUGAUAUCCAUUUUGAACCAGUAGUUCAGUUAAAGGAAAUUCCUCAACCAAAAUCUGAAGAAGAAACAAAAUUUGAAGCACGAGCCCUUUGUAUGAGAUAUGAUGCUGAAGCAAAAGAAUGGAAAGAAAGAGGAAGAGGUGAUAUUAAAAUUCUUCGACAUCCAAAAACUCAAUACAGUCGUGUUAUUCUUAUCAGAGAUCAAAUCCUCAAACUUGCAUGUGAUCAUUUUUGUCAUCCUAAAGUUGUUUUGAAAGAUGUCCCAAGUAAUGACAAAUGCAUUAUGUAUGCUGUUGGAAAAGAUUUUGCUCAAGAAACACCUUGCCAAAUGCUUUUUACUUUCAGAUUUAAUACUGCUGAAAUUUGUAAACAAUUCAAAGAAGCUUUCCAAGCUGCUCAAAAAGAAAUGGAAGAGGUCUUUAACAAAAAGGAUUGA